AACACUUUUUGAACUCCAACACAGUUUACAGUAAAGUAGAAGCUGAAUAUAUCAUCCUGUAAAAGUUUAGGUUUGUAGAAUGAGGGUAGUGGUUCUGACCCUGUUGAUGCUGUUCCUGUCCGGGACUCUCAGUGAAGAUGAUGGGGAAGACAACCGCUGUCUGACAGACAUGUGUAACAUUCUUAAGAGUUUGAAAGCCAUAGAAGCCAGACUGAAUGCUACAGAGAACCAGAUGGAAGAAAUGAGAAACAUACAAGAUACUGUUGCUGUACUACAGAGAACUGCUGAAGUUCAAGCAGGCGAGAUCAAAGCCACGGAGACCAGCAGUUACAUUUUAAUGGAGAGCAUGAAGAGAGUUAAUGAAGUACAGGAAAAAAAGCUUCAAGUGUUUUCAUUGUGGGCAAAUGCCACAGAGUUCAACGUGGAGCAACAGCAACACCUUCUGGACGAACUGAAGAACAAGAUUGAAGACAAACCGAAGAUCGCGUUUUUGGCUGCACUAGCAGGAAAUGGCCAUAUAAAAUCCUCUGACAGAGAGACCAACUUGGCGUUCAGAAAUGUUUUGAUGAACAUUGGCAAUGCCUACAAUUCUGCCUCAGGUGUCUUCUGCGCACCAGUGAGAGGAGUCUACUACUUCAGCUUCUCGUCAUUUGGGUUCAAUGGGCGCAACGUCUGCGUAAGUCUGUUCAAGAAUAGUGCGCGGAUGUUGUCUGCAUGUGAUCAUCAUUCAGCGGCCGACAGCUCUGACAGUGCAAGCAAUGGAGGGACACUGCAUUUAGAACAAGGGGCUCAAGUGUACAUGACCCUGCAUGCACGUUCUCACAUAUUUGCGGACGACCAAAACCGCAGCACAUUUAGAGGGUUCCUGCUUUUUAGGACAUGAGGAUAUAUGACUCUUGAGGAAUGCUGUUUAAUGUUUUAAUAAAUAUGAGAGACUAUAAAAUGAUUCCCUAAUAUAUGGCUAUGAAAUGUGUAAAAUAAAACAUGUGAAAUUACCAAUUAAUAUAUGCAUUUAAAAUAUUAUACUAAAUGUUUGUGGGUAUCAUUACUAUACACUAUAUACUGCACAUCACUUAUUUUUACUAAUCUUUAAAAAGUGAAAUUGGCAGUUAGGUUGGUUCAUUAUUUGUUAUGGUUCUAUGACCCGAAUGGUACCUGAACCCCUACCAGUUACUUCUGCACGUUCAGUUUAAAUAAAUGGAUCACAGUCAAUCUGA